CGUUAACCGACCGAUUGUUGCAGCUUCUGCCAAAAUGAGAACGAUCCAGAUGGAAAAUGGCAAAGUGUUGCAGAUAGCCUCAGAUGAUGAGUAUCUGGCCUCUCUCAAUAUCCCAUAUAUAAAAUGCGAUCUCGAGGAGCAGCUAGAAAAGCAUCUCAUGUGCUCUUUUUUGUGCUGCCCGAAGCAAAUUGAUAAUGAUGGGGCUGUGACCGCGCAGCUAGUCAAUACAAACAUGCGUGAGCUCACUCUUGGCUAUGUGGAUCUAUACAUCGCUGGUAGGAUUUCUACUGAUAAUAAUGAAGAGGAGAUUGAAAAAAUUCAAAAGAAUUUGGAACAUGUAUUUCAACUUCCUAUCUGCAAGGGCUUGAUUGAGUUGGAUGAAAGGGCGAAGUUCAGACCCCUGCCUCCUGAAUGCAUAGAACUUUUAUAUAAAAGAAUACUUGCUGGCGGUAAAUAUGUGCGCACACGAGAAGGCCAAUCGCUAGCUAAGAAGGAAAAAGAGUGCAACACGCCCAAGGCUGUGUACAGAGCGAAAGUGGCUUGCAACUUUCUACUUGAAUUGAUCGAGAGGGAACAAAGGGCACAGAAGCGUCGUUUUGUAGAUUGGCAGUCCGUCCAAAAAAGAUAUCAAGAAAUGUGUCUCAAUGCGGACAGUGAGGAUAAGGACCUCUUAGAACGUUACCAAACAAUGUAUAAAAUGGAUUUUAGCCAUUCCAGUUUGAACAACGAAUUGAUCAAAGCGUGGUCAGGACGCAGUACGAUCACUAAGGCUCUUUCCAUGCCUCUUUUCUGUAAGAUCCAGUAUCAGAAAGAGGCGGCCACAGGAACGCUAAAAGUUGGUUUCGGAGAAAACAUAACAUUGUAUCCUGACGAAGAGUUGAAAAGAGCUGCUGAGCUCAUGGCUGAGGAGCUCAAGCCGAAAGGGAAAUUUGGCAGAAGAGACGGUAGAAGACGGGAAGAAGAGGAGAAUAAAGUGGAUGAGCUGGUUGGCGUGAUUCCUCUUCGACAGCGACUACCCCAAAGUAAUAUCACCUCUAUCCUGCCCGAUACUAUAGCGUCUCCAUUUGCGAAAACGGCAAGUCAACAGGAUCUUGAAAGGCGUCUGACUGAAUAUGAAGAUUUAGCAGAAACAAUGCAACCAGAUCGCAACAUUGAAGAGCCUCAAUACGUUCCUACCUCCACGAAUUUCGACGAAUUGUCGGAUUCAGACUCCUCAUCCGAAUCAGAUGAUACGAUGGUGAGCGGAAUCUACAGCGAUGAAGAAGAGCUCAGUGGCAUCAAAAAGAAGCAAGAUUCGACUGAGAAUAGCUUGCGUAAAUCUACGGAACGGAUUGAUCAACCAGCACUAUUAGAAACUAAACCACUUACGCCAUCAAUGGCCAAGGUCUCACCGCAGCCAGCUCGUAAAUUCAACCGUGUCGCACGAGAUGAUCGGUAUGAAGAAUCGGUUGUGAAGCCGUUUGCUAAUCCAUGGGAAGUCAACGAUGAAGGAAUGGCCAGUGGAGUGCGGACCAGCAUCAAUCGGAAGGACUCAACAGGCAGUGACCAAGGGUUAACUAUGGUUGCUCCCCCACCAGAAAUCGUCAAGACCAGUACGCCCAAGGUAUCUCCACAACCUCAACCACCACUUCAACCACCCCGACACGUAUCCGCAUUUGCUUCAUGCAAACCGACAGCCAGAGUCGAACGGGUAGAUAGCCAAAACGAAACACCUUUUACUACAACGACAUCUGCAAGUGAGAAUGAGAGACAGGGAAGUAGCGGUGGUUUAUACGAGCGCCGCUCGUCUCAGAGGGAACGAGAACCUACUGAAGCUAUCGAAAAGCAAAGGGGCUACGAUCGCCACAGUUCCACUGGAGGAUCAUCUAGUAAUAGUGGAAGAUCUUAUGUGGAACAUCAAAGGAUUGAUGAGCAGCCGUUCACUUCGUUGGAUCGGCAACCAAAUAGUUUUGGAAACGAAAACAAGAAUUCUCGCCGUCAGUUGUCACCGCUCAACACGAUGUCACCUUCUCUAGGUGUUCCAAUGCGAAAAUCCGCGUUUUCUCGCGAAGUUAGCGAAGAUUACGUUCGACGCACACCUCGAAAUGAUUUUGCUCGUCCUGAACCUGCCCGCUCAUCUACUGCUUUGGGGAACAUGGGCUAUGGCGAAAGCUAUGAUAGAAAUGAUAGGAACAAUGGCGGAGGGUUUGACUCCCGCUACGAUCAACGUAGCAGUCGUGAAAACAGAAAUGGAUUUGGUGAAUCAAGAUAUGAACAGAAGCCUGUACAGGCGUGGAGACAAGAACCUAACGAGCGCUUCCGAUCGACUUCAUCUGCUUCUAUGAAAUUUGGCCACGGUGCGCGGAUGGAACCUGAAUACCCCGCUAAUCAAGAGAGCAACCGUGGUUGGCCAAAGAAUGACGGUUACUACGGAGAACAGCAAGAAUUCAAUGAAAGAAGUAGAUAUCCGUCCUCUCGCAAUGAUGAUCGCUACCGCAACUCUCGCCAGAAUGAUUCUGAUGAACGGAAUUCUUACAGUGGACAAAACAGAGUACAGCGCCCUCCUAGCGAAGUUUUCCGUGGAAAUACAAAUGCAACUAUGGACAACCGUUACCAACCGAGUGAGCGGUCGUCGGAGUCCUAUAAUCGGAGCAACAGAAUGCGUUCUUCUUCAAGAAUGGAGUACAGUGAGCCGGCCAGUUCCCAUCGAGACUAUCACAAUGAUGCCAACUAUGGCCCAUCCCAACUGCACUUCAUCGAUGAACAUAGCCCGCAUCCGCCACCGUUGACCGAUGAUCAAAAGGCUCGUUUACGGAUAAUACGAGAUUACACAUAUCUUCAUCGAGACGCGAAUAAUUCGGGACUUCGCACGCUGGAUGGAGUGCUGAGUAUAUUGCCGUCGGACAAAAGUGUAGACUGGGUAGAACUAAUCACAACUUACCUGCCCCAAGUGGAACUUGUACCACUCGAAACUAGGACUAAAAAAGAGCUGGUGUUGAUAUGGAAAGGUAAACCCAACGGACAAAUCGAGGACCGAGCCAUACGGAGAUUGCCUUGUAAAUGA